GGACGAGGCCCGCCUGACGUCGCUUCGUCUUUUAUUUCCCAGCGUCGACAAUUUUUUUUAAUUAUUAUUAAUAUUAUUUAAACUUACCACAAUCUAGCAACGAAAAGCACCCCAGCAAUGGAAGCGAACAGCGUGCCCGAUGAAAAAGCCGUCGAGUACAUGAGCACGUCUGCCCCUGAAGAUAACAAUGAAGAUGAACCGCCUAAGAAGAUCGUUGCAGAGAAAAAUUCAAAACGCCUAAGCAACUAUGGUGGUGCAAGCUCGGAUGAGUCACGCUGCAUUGAUCAAAUGAGUUUAUUAGGGAUUACACAGACAAAAAUCCUCAGCAAUGGCAACACCAAUGCUCUCGUUGCCAAGCGGAAGUCGUCGGCUAACUACGAGAAGGAACGCGAAGUUUGCGUGAAGUACUUUGACCAGUGGUCCGAAUCGGACCAGGUGGAAUUUGUGGAGCACCUCAUAUCGCGCAUGUGCCACUUCCAGCAUGGCCAUAUCAACUCCUAUCUCAAGCCCAUGUUACAGCGGGACUUCAUCACUGCAUUGCCGGCACGAGGACUGGACCACCUGGCGGAGAACAUCCUGUCGUACCUGGACGCGCGCUCACUGUGCGCGGCUGAGCUGGUGUGCAAGGAGUGGUACCGCGUCAUCUCGGAUGGCAUGCUGUGGAAGAAGCUGAUAGAGCGCAUGGUGCGCACCGACUCGCUUUGGAGGGGCCUGUCAGAGAGGAGGGGCUGGUGCUUGUAUCUUUUCAGAAACUGGCCAAACGGUGGCCCACCUCAAGCCAACUCCUUCUACAGGGCCCUUUACCCCAAAAUAAUUGGGGACAUUGAGACGAUAGAGUCAAACUGGAGGUGUGGCCGACACAACCUCCAGCGCAUUCAGUGCCGAAGCGAGAGCAGCAAGGGUGUCUACUGCCUGCAGUAUGACGACGAGAAGAUUGUCAGCGGCCUCAGGGAUAACACCAUUAAGAUCUGGGACAAGCAGACACUGGAGUGCAAGAAAGUUCUGACAGGGCACACGGGGUCCGUGCUGUGCCUCCAGUACGAUGAACGUGUGAUUAUCACGGGCUCCUCCGACUCCACAGUCAGGGUGUGGGACGUGAACACGGGCGAGAUGGUGAACACGCUGAUCCACCACUGCGAGGCGGUGCUGCACCUGCGCUUCACCAACGGCCUCAUGGUCACCUGCUCCAAGGACCGCUCCAUCGCCGUGUGGGACCUCGCCUCGCCCACGGACAUCUCGCUGCGCCGCGUCCUUGUCGGGCACCGUGCCGCCGUCAACGUCGUCGACUUUGACGACAAAUACAUCGUGUCGGCUUCGGGAGACCGCACCAUCAAGGUGUGGAACACGAGCACAUGCGAGUUUGUGCGCACGCUAAACGGACACAAGCGUGGCAUCGCCUGCCUGCAGUACCGCGACCGCCUGGUGGUCAGCGGCUCGUCGGAUAACACUAUUCGGCUCUGGGACAUCGAGUGCGGCGCGUGCCUGCGCGUGCUGGAGGGGCACGAGGAGCUGGUGCGGUGCAUCCGCUUCGACAACAAGAGGAUCGUGAGCGGCGCUUACGAUGGUAAAAUUAAAGUGUGGGACCUGGUAGCAGCACUUGAUCCACGAGCCCCGGCCGGCACUCUGUGCUUGCGCACAUUGGUGGAGCACUCUGGCCGCGUGUUCCGUCUGCAAUUCGACGAGUUCCAAAUCGUGAGCAGCUCGCACGACGACACCAUCCUCAUCUGGGACUUCCUCAACGUGCCGGCAGCACAGGCGGAGGCGGCCCGCUCCCCGUCGCGCACGUACACCUACGUUUCCAGAUAGACGAACUGCAGGGACGCUGAACGAGCCUUCUCCCUGGAUAAUUUGGCGAUUAGACGGAUAAGCUAUCAACAAUAUUAAUUGUGUGUAGGCUUUUGAAUUUACCGAGGGAUUCUGGAUGAAAUCGACCAACACUGAAGCUUGACCUCUGCUAACUUGUGGGACAUCUUGGCACAAGUGCAUUUGGCUGGUGCCAGGCUCCCAGCUAAACACGGUGGCACUGUGAGCAGCCGGAAGAGUUUAGUUGAUGGAUGACCUAUCACUACAACCACAGUUCGACACUUAACUACGUACCUACAUCUCGGUGUAUUUCAACGCUCUUGCCCCGACCCCUGUCUUCUUGACCUCAUGGCUGCUUUUUUCGUGGCAUUUGAAAACCAGCCUCAAGUAUGAGUUGGGAAAACUUGUAGCUAUUGUGAAUUGCUUUGUAAUAGGACUAGUGAGAUCGUGCUUGGUUGUGUAAAUAAAUCUUGUUUCUUUUUUUAAUUCUACACAUGGCAUCUUGUCACCCGGUGUUUGGCAGUUUUGACCUACAAACAUGUAUUGGAUGCUGCUAUGAUUUCAUGUUGAAGCCAGCUUGUAUUUCAUCAUGUUUGCCCACUUGACCAUUAUACUAUAUUUAUCACAACCUUACUGCUGAGCACAUUAUAAUUGGUGUUUAGGGAAAGUUGUUUAAAAAAAGAAAUAAAUAAAAGUCUGUUACAUCAUUAACCAAAGGCUCAACUAAAUUUAUUGCUGCCCUUUUCAGUAGAUGCCAUUAUAAGAGUGACACAUUUACGCAGGUAUUAUAAAAUCAUAGAAUGACAGCAGUGUUCUUACAGGUGAAAUGAGUCACGGUCUGCAACAUCUUUGUUUUCAUAUUAGUUUAGUUGUGUAUAGAAUCCAUUUUCUUUUUUGUACUUUAUUUUUUAGUGUGUGUGCGUGUGUUGUAAAUUCACUGUUUGACUAUUGGCCACGGCUGGACUUGGACAUCAUCUCGAGUAGAUUGCAUGCAGCUUUUGCUACGUUUCUUUUGUAAAUAAUCUUUGCUCUUGUGCAAGUGGACGACCCCACUCAUAACAUUAGUACUUUCAGUACGGUUUGGAUUAAAACAAAACUGUUACAUGUACAUAUAUGGUAGCUUUGCUUUACAGUUCUCUUGACCGUGUUUCAUGCAUGUAUUUGGAAAAAGAGAUCAGACUUGCAAAUCCCAAUGCAUUAAGAAUUUAGUUAAUUGCAAACUACGUUUAGCAUUUCAACACAUUCGACGCUGCUUGAGUAGAACAUCUGGUUUGGGAUUUAUCAUUAAAUCUGACCGAUUUUCUGCUGACGUGACUAUUAAUAUUCCAAACAAAUUGAGGUGGGGCAUGUAUUGAACAUCUCUGCUUGCAACUCAGUCAUCUGUGUGCAUCAUACAAUUGCAAAUAGUGCAUAUUUUCCCCUUUAUGUAUUGACAUUAGAUUAUUAGAAUGCAUAGAUAGCUGAUUUCUGAUUUCAGUGUAAUGUUACCAUAAGCAGUUUCUUUGGUCUUUGUAGUUUAUUUUUGUACAUUAAUGUGUAAAGUCCAUGAUAACUGGGGUACUGAUGUGCCUGCUGUGUUUGUAAUGCUGUACGUCUUCAAUAAACUGUGCUUAACUCCGA